GUUCAUCAAUCAAUCAUUCAUUCAUUCAGAGCCACCGAGAGGGAAAACUGAAAAGGGGCUAGACUUGCCAGUCGCCACCGCCGAGGACACGCGCCGGUGGCGGAGCUUAGCUCACCCACCCUCCUCGCUUGCCGCCUCCACUUUCUGUCUGGUGAUUCGAUGCUGUUUGCACCAGCUUUUUGUCAGCAGCCAUAGAUUGAGCCGCUCAGAGCUUUCCAUGAAGCAUUAGCUCACCAGAACAGGGUUUAACCAGUCGAUCACUGCCAACUCUAGCCUUUGUUUGUUGAUUUAAGUGUGCGAUGGAGGCACGCCCCGCUUUAUUUGUCCAAAGAUCAGGUCCUCAGCAGCUCAGUACUGUGAGGGUUUCUGGGGCAUUGUCGUCAUCCUUACCAGUUCUGCCCACUCCCUUGGAAGAAAGAUAUCCCAAGCUACCAGAUUCCCUACAGGUGACAAUGGAGAAGGAACUUACGACAGGCCCUCUAACUCAUACGAUUCCUGUGCCAUCAAGUAGUGGAGCUGUUGGUCACAUUUUCUCAUCAAACUCCGGAUACUCAGCAGAUCUUCAUAUCUCAUCCGUUUCUCCUCAGGAGAAGCAUCCUAGAGAUACUACUCCUUUUAUUUCUCAGUCAUCGACCGGCAAGGCAUCAACCUUACCUCUUCAAGCUACAGCUUCAACUCAAUGUACAGAAAAGAAUUCCUGGUGCCCAGAUCCUCUGCCUGAUUUCCUUGAUUUUGCUGCGGAUUCCCCAGUCCAGGGUACUCAAAUGGAAAACAAUAAUAGUGGGCCUGGAAUUCCUGUGUCCGAGGACUUUAAACCGACCAAUUGGCAGGAAUGGGCAGACCAGCUGAUUAAUGAGGACGACUCUUUGACAUCUACCUGGAAUGAGCUUCUCGUGGACAAUAGUGUUUCUAAUCCUGAACAACCAAAGAUGGCAUCAAAUUUUCCAGUGAGCCAAAACCAAUUGCAGCAGCAACAGCAGCUCCCUCCUUCGUCAGCAAAUACAUCCUCCUCGAAGCCACGGAUGCGUUGGAGUCCAGAACUUCAUGAGGCAUUCGUGGAGGCUGUAAACAAACUUGGUGGAAGUGAAAGGGCCACACCUAAGGGUGUGCUGAAACUUAUGAAAGUUGAAGGCCUGACAAUUUACCAUGUAAAGAGCCAUUUGCAGAAAUAUAGGACAGCCAGAUACAGACCAGAGUUAUCUGAAGGAUCAUCAGAGAAAAAAUUGACUCCGAUUGAGGAAAUGUCGUCUCUUGAUCUCAAAACGGGAAUUGAAAUUACUGAAGCUUUGCGGCUGCAGAUGGAAGUUCAAAAGAGACUCCAUGAACAACUUGAGAUUCAGAGGAAACUUCAGUUAAGGAUAGAGGAACAAGGGAGGUACCUUCAGAUGAUGUUCGAGAAGCAAUGCAAGCCAGGGAGUGAGAAACUGAAGGCAUCGUCUUCUUGUUUGGAGGAUCCAUCUGGUCCUCCUGAAGAACUGCAACAACAGCAAGAUUCACUCAAUAGAAGCGAGUCCAGGAACUCCAAGGAGGACAACAGACCCGAGACAGACCCUCUUGGUAGUUCAAGUCCCCUUCCCGAAGAAAGUAAGGAAGAGCUGGAGGAGGAUUCCCGGGACCCCGAGCAAAAGCUAUGUGAAUUUAAGGCAUCAAAGCGUCAGAAGACGGAUUCUUAAUUAAGUUGAUAAGAACACCAGAAUCGGUGUUCAUGACCUGACAGAGGUAAUACUAGUUUGGGGUGUCUGACUUGUGGGGAGAUAGAGCGACGAACGUUUCUGAGAGGUCGCCUCUGAAUUUUGUGGUGUGAUAAGUGCCUUAUGGAUUAUGGAAGUCAUAUAUGCAAUGCUGUGGUUUCUUAUUUUAAUUUUUUUACUUAAGUGAGCUCGAUGAGGAUAGCCAACUGACCCGAUGUUAAUGAUUGUACUGGAGGCAGACGAUAAUUAUUAAUUAGUAUGUAAUUUGAUAAAUCAGUACUAUAGCUUUGCAA